GUAGAUUUGCUCCAAGAAUCGUUCUUUAAACAACUUGGUCUUUAUAACGGCAGCAAACAUUGAAUCUGGUAUUACCUUCCCACUUUUUGCUGGUUGUGGUGAAUCCUGUGGUGAAUGUGAGGAUGAAUGUCAGGAUGAUUCCUGUGGUACCUUCACAGCAGUGACCUGGUAUGGACUCAUGGAGGUUGCUCAUAGAAAUCAAUUAGCAAUAUAUUAUAACAAAUUAAGAAUGAUUCAUUUCAAUGGUGCGUUGUACUAACCAUGAGUUUUGUUGAGAAACACAAGAAGCAGCAUAUGAAGAAAAAGUAUCUAGAAAGGCAUCAUGUGAUGACCUAUUUACAGGAUGCGAUUAGUCAACUAUUGCUUCACAAAGAAGACAAUCCAUAUUUUUGUUCGUCCAGAUUUCUUUGCGAAUAUUUCAGCUGUAUAGUCAAAGGAAAUCAUACUUUGUUUCGCGAGUACAACUUUGUUCGAGCAACCCCUCAUAAUCGGUCUUCGUUUAUCGCCAUGUUCUCUAAUUGUUUCAAAACCAUUGGACAAUGUGGAGAUUUGCUAAGUGUAAAAGAGUAUCAUUCAUUGUUAUCUUUGAUUUGUUCUGAUUUUCCUAUUCAUAUUGUACAAAAGUCUGCUAGGAUCGUUUUAAUGGAGGAUGCAAUGGAUUGUUUAAUGUCUUUCUCUGAUUUUUUCGCUGCGUUUCAAAUUCAAUUAUAUUACGAAGAAUUUUUGGACAAAUGCAGUGUUAUUUACGAUGAAAUAGCUAGUGGUUCACGUAGAUGUAGCCAAGUCGUAGUCGUUCCUACGUCUGAUUUAAAAUCUGAGUCACCUAAAAAUAUGGAAAACUUUUAUAAGGAAGAUAGAAAUAACGUAAAUGGUAUUGAUUGCACUUGUUUCUACAAUGCAAUUUUACACAGGAUAGUUUAUCACAGCUCUGUUGCAAAUGCGAUAAGAGUACCACAUGUUGCAAUUUUAAAGCAAGUUUUAUCUUCUGCUAACCGUGUCACCUUCUACGGAUAUUUAAUGGCUCUAGCAAAAAAUAAUGCUAUUCGCCAAUCUAUUGAUGACGACUGCAUCACAUGUGGGUGAUAUUAGUACUUUGUUUAUGAAGAGAUUUAAAUAUUAUAAGUAUUUGUUCAUGUUUCAAUAAAGUUUCUUUGAUAAUUGCAA